AUGUUUCUGCCUGAAGCUGAGCUUUUGAAUAUUCCCCCGUACACCGCUGUGUUAUGGAGACAAUUUGUUCAACAUCCCUACAUGAUGCACAAUUUGUUUGAAAGAGGACCAGCUGGACCAGUUUUUGAUUCGGACCACAUUUUAAACAUGACAGGGAAAAAUUCUAACUUGAGGGAGUACAAAGUUGAGAACCUGGAAGAACUAGAACGAGUAAAGAGUGAUCUUUUAAAUAAGCCUAUUCUUUUUCGCGUUGAAGUAGAAAACGAGAAAAACAACGAUUAUGUGUUGGUCAAGGUUCGAAAAAUAACAUCAGAUGAGUUUGCAGUCCUUGUAAAUCCAAAGCAUCCAGUUGUUCAAGACAUUCUCGCAAGAAAACUUACUGAAGUUGCUCAGUAUAUAAAAGAGGACAAAUCAUUUUGUCUGAAGCUUGAUUUUAGUUUGCCAGUGAUAGACUGGUACCAUGGAAAGGUCGACAAAAGGAACUCCGGUCUAACCACUGUCGACGGAGAUAUGAACAUAUUUGUACACAACUGCUCAUCGCCAGAUAAAUGCUGCCUCAAUCCAGGGUACAUUGUCUGCUGUUUCCCAUUCUGGUUACUGUUUGGUGGACCUUGCUAUCUUAUUCACAGAAAACUGAAAUGUAUUGAUGAGACGUAUUAUUUCCACGGUAUCCCAGUUGUCCUACAGACAGAGGUCAUUCCCAGGGUCAUUCCUUGGGUCAGAGUUCACCACCCGCUAUUACGUGUUGUUGCCAUCAGGAACCUACAGGAGGAUCCAGUUACCGGCGCAGUUGAGAACACUCACUUGUAAAAUCACCCAGACUCCCUACGUGUCAUUUAAAGAAUCAUCUCUUCUACAUUUUGUUUGGAGUAUUUUUAAGUGAAACAUUUUGUAUGCACACCGAUUAAGUGCUUUAUCUUUUA